AUGGCGUUGGGCGCCAUCUUGGGAGAAAGGUUACCAGAGGGUGAGAGAGAGGGAGAGAGAUCUUGUGAGGCUGCCCUGUGCCCUGGAGGAGAUCCUGUCCUUGAGCAGUGCUCUGCUCUGUGGGAGGCUGCCUGUCUGACCUUGGAGCAGGCUGAGAAUGCCAGUGACAGUAGCAGUUCCCUUCAAGCAGAUCUCUCCAACCUUGUGAUCUGGGCACACACUCAUGGGACCAUAUGCAACCAGAUCCCAGCCCUGGAAUUUAUGCAGAACAUGGGUCACAUGAGCAAUGAAAACGCUGUGCUGUGGAUGUGCAGAAUCGGACAUGCCUAUCACUGGCACUGUGGGAAGUCACACAACAGGGGUGAAGAAGAGACUGAGGCUGUGGGAAGGAGAAAGAGGGUCCUGUCUUCUGACUCUUCGGCAAGGGAAUCCAGCUUUGAGGAUAAGAGGCCCAAGCUGACCCCAUUGUCUUUUGAGAUGGAUCAAGCAGAUUCUGGGAGCACAGAGCCAUGUGGCAGAUCCCAAGGGGUCGCUGAGGAGAAGGCUGGCAGUGCCUACACAAGGAAUAACAAGCCCAGCGGGAAUCAAAAUACCAUAACAUCAGGAAAUAUCAAGAAACCCAUAACAUCAUUCUCUGCAGCAGAGCAGCACUUCUCAGUGUCUGGUAGCAGAGUCCAAACUGGUGAACAGGACGUGAAGUCCGAAAGUGAUGAAGACUUACAGAUCAUCUCUGAUGAAGAGCAGUGUGAGGCAGAUGAAGACAACGAAGGAGACAGAAUCAACCAGGAUAAUGUGUCAGAGCCAUCUGCUCAGGAGCUGCAGUUGCCCCACUGCCAGAAGAUAGCAUUGGACCAGCCAACAGCCUCCCAAAGAGCUGCCCCUGCCCCCAGGGCAAAGCCACCCCUAGCCCGUGCCUACAUUCUGCAGACCCCUGCCAGCGACUCAGAGGACCCAAGCAGGAGCAUCCUGAGGCUGGGUUCUUCCUCUGCUGCAGGGCCCAAGGUUGAAACUUCUAGAGCAAGGAGCCUCCCAGGCUCAGCAGCACCAAAGGUAUGUUUCAAACCCCUUCCUGUCCCCAGCAGUGAAGCCAGGGCCCAGCUUGAAUCACAGCCCUCAGUGGUAUUCUUUGAGCUCCAAGCCACUGCUGCUGUUCAGCAACAUCUUCAGCUGAGCCCUCCAGAGUAUGGCACACCAAGAAUGGGCUCCAGUGGGGAGAGUGCUGAGAAUGUGGGUGAGGACACUGAUGCAUCAGAAUCCAGGAAUACAUCUUUUUCUUCAGCCUUCCAGAGUCCAGAGAGCUGUCCACCUGUAGGCUCAGAAGGAGAUGUGCCAAAGAAGCAGGAGAAAAAGAAGACCACUGAAGACAUAAAAAUGUUCAAAGACUGGCUGAAGUUGCACCACCCCUCUGAGACACGCAAGAUCCACACUCUGCCUCCUGCAGACCUCGACCGCUACCUGGUCUCGUUCUUCAACUCUACCAAGAAACAGAAUGGCAUGGAUUUUUCUGCCAAUUCCUUAACCUUGUUCCAGCACAACAUCAACCGGUACCUCAGGUUCCACAACUACCAGUAUAACACAUUGAGAGGGCCAGAGUUCAAGGCCUCUCAGGAAGCCUAUAAGUUAAAGCAUUGGAGCCUGAGCCAAAAGGGGAAGCAGGAAGAGUGGAGUGUUGUGGAGAACCUGACAGAUGUAGAUGUGGAAAACCUUCAUAAGAAGGGAAUUCUAAGCAAGGCACAUCCUCACGGCUUGCUGCACCUCAUGAUGACCAACCUCAUUAGGGGGUUUGGGGCAAGCACCCACCACCAGCCCCACCAGCUGUACUGGGGACAGGUGGUGCUGAGGAAGACCAAGGGAGAGAUGGAGUACUUGGAGUGGAAGAAUGAUCUAAGCCCUGGGGGAAACGAAGGGGAGCUAAACCCACGGCUCUUUGCCAAGCCUGAGGAUCCAGAGAAGUGCCCAGUGGCCAGUUACAAGGAGUAUGCCAGGAAGAGGCCUCUGGACAUGCUGAGUGACAACCACCCUCUUUACCUGUCUCCCAAGACACUGUGCUCCAUCUGGGACAAUGUGUGGUACAGCAGAAAGGCACUGACAAAGGCUAAAACUGAUAAAAUCUUGAAAAUUAUUAUGCAGGAAGUCGGAGGAGCCAUAAGGAAGACCAAGAAAUAGGCGUGUCCUUCAGCUUUGCCCCACUCCAAGGCUGCUCUGAAACAGAAUCCUGUUGCAAUAUUUGGUGUAGGUUGAAAACAAAGAUCUUUCUGCUGGGCUUCACCUUGGCACUGAAGGUACCUACAGAUCUGCAGUGCUUUGGCUUUCAGCGAAGUUCCUUUGUUGUUGUUUCUGUUACUGGAAUUGAUAAUUCAGUGAGUUAAUGAGAAUCUUCAGUUUCACAUUUGCCAAACAAGUUAAUGUUCUACUGCACGGUCAGUGCUGUUAGAAAUGACCAGUGCUGAUACAGAGAGGGCUCAGUGGUGGCUGAGCCUGGCCAGGAGCAUCAGCUGUACCCACAUUUUGGGGGUGACACCCCAAACCACCCCACCCCACACAGCUCAGCUUGGGGCACAGACCUGCGGGGAAGGAUGAGCACCAUGAGGAGAACGAUGACACUGCCAAAACCAACCUUGCAGGAAUGCUUCUGAAAAGGUUCAGGUCAUUUCCCUUAGGGAAAGGUUAAUAGAUUGAAGAAGUUGUGGCUGUUUUGAGAAGUUACUUAAAGUGUCUGACAAUGUUGAAAGGUUUUAUGGUAAGUGGUUUCCCUGGAGUGCAAAACACUACGCCACAAGUGCAAUGAGAGUUGUGCUCAGCUCUGCUCAGCUGCCCCAGCAGUUUUGGUUCCUGUUACAGCUCAGUCAGGUUUUUGGUUGCAUUGUUGACAGAGCCAAAUAAAAGAGCCUUUAAUUCA